AUGCUGAACACAUCGUCACAUUGUCUGACGGAGCGUCAGAUGAUGCUGGCAGUUAAUGGUCCAGAACGAUUGUUUAUAGGAACUAUCGUUCCAAUUUUGAUUGUUUUUGGAAUCAGUGGAAACAUUUUGAAUUUGACUGUUCUGCUUGCACCCAAUAUGCGAACAAGGUCGAAUUUGUUGUUGGCGUCAUUAGCGGUGGCUGAUAUCAUUUUUCUCAUCUUCAUGUUACCUCAUUGCUUAGCUCAUUAUAAAAUUUUUGCUUUAAGUUAUUAUUUUCGACUUUUUUACUUGUGUAAAAUGCAUUUGCUUGCAAUUCUUAACUGGGCUUCAGCUGUAGCUAUAUGGUUAGUACUAGUUAUUUGCUUGGAGAGAUUAAUGGGGAUCAAGUAUCCCUUGUCUGUCAGAAAACACAAGAAGAUUCUAACUCCGGCUGUUAUCGUAUCAGCAAUUGUAAUAACCACUGGCAUACUGACAUCAUAUAGUCAUCUGAGGUACUCAUGUGCUACACGCUAUUUCUGUGAUGGUACACAAAUACAUUCAAUGUGUAUAUUGACGGAUUCGGAUAAAUGGUUUCCUAAUCAAACGAAUCCCAAUUCGGAACUUGUCAAGAGCAUUGCUCGAUGGGGACCUCAUGUUAAUGCAAUUUUUGUCAUUUUCAUCCCCAUUCUACUGGUACUCAUAUCAAAUUCAAUGCUUAUCUAUACGAUACGUCAAAGGCAAAAAUAUUUUUUGAACCAACAGCAUUCCAUAAAGUCCGAAUCACAUCUGAACGGGGGUCAGUCUCGUACUGAGCACAAAAUCACCAUAACUGUAACAGCAAUUGUAACAAGUUUCAUUAUAACACAAGGUCCAUCCGCAUUCGCUACGAUCAUGGCUGAGUACUAUUCGAACACAAAUCCUUGGAUGCUGGCAAUGAUGUCCUUCAUCACAACUAUGGUUGUGUUGGGGAAAGCUUUGAAUUUUGUACUUUUCUGUUUAUCAUCAGCCACAUUUCGUUCUCGUUUGUUGAUGCAAACGAAAAAGAGUUUAAUGCGACAGACGACAAGGUAUGCAACUGUGGCUGCUAAUGUAGAGUGA